CGGCUCAGGCGCCCUGGGCUGCGGAUUGGAGGCUCGUGGGAGCGCUCUGCCGCGUCUGUUGCAGGCAGGAGCACGUUGGGAAGCGGCGGGGCGAAGGCGGGUUGGCUUCGCCUGGAAGGGGCGGUGGGCGGGUAGGUGCUGCCGCCGAUUGCUUCAGCCCGGAGGCUGGCAGGUGAGCUGCGGCGAUCGCUCCUCUGGCAACCGAGCGAAGGCUUUGCGGAGUGGACCGUCUGCUGGGAAAGUUCUUUCCAGAGAUCCAUGUGGCCAAGAUCCCCACCUUGGACUCUUCAAAUGAGCUAUUCAGUCCCGAUGGCCUACACCAUCAUCUAAUAACAUAAAAAGCCAGGAGUCGACUAUGGGUGAUUCUACAGCAGAGAUUGUUGGUCAAGCCACAGACAUGGGUUGCAAAGAUGCUCAGAUGGAGCUUGCCGGGAGAGUAGCUGCCAUCACUGUAACAGCUGGUCCCAAUGGAAUUAAACCAAAUAGUCAGGAAGCAAUAGAAGAAACUGUUGUUCUGUUAUCUAAUUGCACAUCUGAAAACAACCAAAGGAAUGGGGUCAGUGUUGAUUCAGGAACCUCUGAAGAACUGGAUGACACCAAUGAGCUACAUGAGCCAAAGAAGGUCCCCAAAAGGCCCGUUUUAACUGGCAGGAAGUAUUCCCUUCAAGAAAAGAGUACUGGGAAUUACUUGAGUUCCUCUGAUCUUCCAGACUUUGGUCCAUAUGCCACGGGACCCUCCACGCAUAUUUCACCACGAACAGGGAGGAGGCCAACAAUAGAGUCCCACCGAGUCUCUAUCUCGGAUGCUGCGGAUUGUGUGCAGCUGAAUCAAUACAAACUGAAAAGUGAAAUAGGAAAGGGUUCUUAUGGAGUUGUGAAACUGGCAUACAAUGAAAAUGAUGAUCAAUAUUAUGCCAUGAAGGUCCUCUCAAAGAAGAAGCUGUUAAAACAAUAUGGAUUUCCACGCCGGCCUCCACCUCGGGGAUCAAAACCCAAUGCAAGUGGACAGAUGAAACCAAUGGCCCCUCUAGAUCGGAUAUAUCAGGAAAUAGCAAUCUUGAAGAAGUUGGACCAUAUCAACAUUGUCAAGCUGAUUGAGGUACUGGAUGAUCCUGCAGAGGACAAUCUAUACAUGGCAUUCGAUCUCCUCCCAAAGGGGCCUGUCAUGGAGGUGCCAUGUGACAACCCUUUUUCUGAAGAACAAGCUUGGCUCUAUUUCAGAGACAUUGUCUUGGGCAUUGAGUACUUGCAUUAUCAGAAGAUCAUUCACCGAGACAUCAAACCAUCAAACUUGCUCUUGGGGGAUGAUGAACAUGUCAAAAUUGCUGAUUUUGGAGUGAGCAAUCAGUUUGAAGGCAGUGAUGCCCAGCUCUCCAGCACUGCUGGGACCCCAGCCUUCAUGGCCCCCGAAGCUAUUUCAGAUUCUGGAAAGAGCUUCAGCGGAAAGGCUCUAGAUGUCUGGGCAAUGGGUAUUACUCUCUUUUGUUUUGUAUAUGGGAAGUGUCCCUUCAUUGACGAAUUCAUCCUGGCACUUCACAACAAGAUCAAAAACAAGCCCGUGGAGUUUCCAGAAGAGAUCAAGACCACUGAGGAACUAAAGGAUCUGAUUCUAAAGAUGCUGGAAAAGAACCCUGAAUUAAGGAUAACUGUUCCUGAAAUUAAAGAACACCCUUGGGUCACCAAGUAUGGCAAGCAUCCUCUUCCUUUAGAGGAGGACCAUUGCACCAUAGUAGAAGUAACUGAAGAGGAAGUGAAGAACUCAGUCAAGACAAUUCCUAGUUUACCUGCUGUGAUUUUAGUGAAGGCCAUGCUGAGGAAACGGUCAUUUGCCAACCCAUAUGAGACCCAAACGAGGCGAGAGGAAAGAUCUAUGUCAGCUCCAGGAGACUUAUUAAUGCACGGUUUUCAGUUAAGCCCCUCUGUGUAUUUGCAUCCAGCUUUAAGAAACCAAGGAAGCCGGGAAGGGCUUAAAGACCCAGAACUGCCCGAUGUGAAUGAAGAUGACACGAGCUCUUGAAACUCCUCGAAUCACGCUGACUGAUCAUUCAGCUAGAGCUGCUGCUGUAACUAUUGUAAUUGGUGGUGUCGUCUUGCACGCCAUGCUGUUCUCAUCAACCGGGGUUUGUGAUCUAUGGGAGAGAAAGAAGAAGACACAAGUACAACACUAAGGACUAAAAGAGCAAACACCAAUCCAAGAAAUGGUCCACCGAAUAGCUAAUUCUUCAUACAACCUGCUGCCUGCAUUUCUUUUCACGAUGUAAGACAUUUUGAUGUUGUACACUUGAUAUGUGCCUCUUCCAGCUGUGUUUUAUGUUUUGGUGUGUGGUAUGUGUCAAUUUUGCUGAAUGUUCCCUGCUAGGAACUGCUCGGUUAAAACUUCUAUUCCAACUCUAAUUUUGGCAUGAGCUGUUGAGCAAUCAGAUUGCAAGCCCAGUGUGUUAUUCAACAAUUAGAAACUUUGCACCUCUCUAACUGAUGGGUCAGGGUUGCCAUAACUUUGUCUUGUUUUGAAAUGCAACAGCAAUACAAUAGCUCUGUGGUCACUUUGCUUCCGCAUGGUUCUUAAGUUGUGCAUGUCUGUAUUUGUUAGAAAAUGCCCAGUGAGAUUGCUAAAAACUAGAAAGGCUUCUGGAUUUCUCCUUUAGAUAUUUCCCCCAAUUCUGAAUUAUCUGCUCAUUUAGAGAAAGACGUUCCAAAUUAAGAGAGCUAAGAUGACAGUUUCCCCUUGUCUUCUGCCUUCCUUCCUUUUUGUGCAUGGAAAAGGGCUAAAGCUCAGUGGGAGGGCAUAGAUUUUUGCAUGCUUUUGGACCGAUUCCUAGAUCCAUCUCCGUAUGGAACUGGGAAGGCCUCUUCUGUGAAAUGAUGAAUGCUGCUGCUGGCCAGAACUGACAGUACUGUGCCAUAUGAUUCAUGAUUUGACUUCACAAAAGUUAGCAUCAUAUGUUCAUUCCAAAUAAUAUUCAAAUAAGCAAUUCUGAUGUUACAUUAGUAAUGACUCUGUCAUGUGAGAAUUUUGCCCCUAGAAGAUAGUUCUGGAUUCCGUGUUCUCAUAGAAAUGGGUGUGUUUGGAAUUUUGAAAAGAAAAACUGCAAAAUUUCCAUUUUCAAAUAUGAUAUAUUCUGGAGUUCUGGAGGUUGAGGAAAAGGGUGGUCUUUUUUCCCAUUUUCUCUUACCUCCCUUCAUCGCAACUCAAAGCUCUCAUGACGGAUUUCACUCGCUGUCCUGUCAGUAAACCUCACCUUGAUCUUUUCUAGUUUAAAUAUUUAGAAGAAAUUGCAGAAGGAAAAUGGUGCAUGGGCCCUUUCUUUUGUGGAAUUGUUGAUCAGCAUGCAGGAGCCUUGUCAUUACAAUAUACAAAAAUCCCCUUGAUUGACUCAUACACAUAAUCAGGAUCAAAAUUAAUGGGAUGUAGAUGGAGCUUUUCUAGUUGCACUAGUAGACAUAAUUAAUUGUAGAGAUGCUCACUAAACCAGAUUCGCUCAUUCCUGAUUUGAAAUAAACACACAUGGAUAUCCAGUACAUAUAAUAUGCUAUUGCAAAAUGUCAAAUUUAAUCACUAGGAUGCAUUCUCAGAAGUUUGCCUAUAGCUAUGAAUCUCAAGCAGAAAAUACUUCCAAGGCCAUCUUCAUGACAGAGGGCCUGUCCUUUCAGCAGAUAGAUGCCUUUCUGCCUUGAUUUGUAUUUUUUCAAAGAAUCUGUCACUGAUUUCAUACUGAUCUGCUAAUAGACACCCAAAAGUUCUGGGCAGGGAUCAGAGCUAAAUGUGGAAGAAAAAAAAUCUUUUCCAAGUCCAAGAGACAUUUACAGUAUAGCAAACUUUUUUAGUUCCUGUCAGAAUUUUAACUCCUGCAACAAUUUUAGUCCAUCACUUGAUAAAGAGCACACUUUUCCACUAUGCACUGUAAAUCUAUAAACACACUUAUUGAGAAUCAGACUCAUUAGAACUAUGAAGAAUGCAGGGGGAAUGAGAGAUAAGGAAUUUCAUUCUCUACUGGUUAUCAGGAUAUCCUCUCUGGGCUUUACACAAGCUGCACUGGUGUUGAAGUUCUCAUUCUCACAAGAAUAAUCUGGGCUGCAUUGGUACCAAGUUGAUUGAGACUAAAAGGAAUAUUGUUGGGGCAGAAUUAAAAAUGAUGACGCCACUGAUUCUUCCACUUUUUCACAUCUCCCCCCCCCACACACACAAUCUCGUGUCUUACACCCUAUUUUCUUCCUCCUUAUACUGAAAUGGGGAGGAAUUUAUUAUCCAUACUAACGUCCAAAUUGACUGUUUGCAAAGAGAGUUUGAACUUCUAAACAAGGGCUUUAUGAAAUUAUGACAAAGACUACAUGUGACACAAGGGCUAUUGGUUGCCCAGCCCAUUCUACCAAAUCUGGGAUUGUCUUCUCAGAGGUGUUUAAUCUGGUAACCAAGUUAAUCCAUUUUGGGGUUUGCACAGAUAAAGGAAUUAUGAACUAACAGAACAAACUGAGUUCUAUUAAAAUUAAAAAUUAAGCAAACUUAAUUUGUGUGAAUGCACCAUUAGGCUUAAUUAAGUAGGUUACACGUACAUGUGAACAAGCCCAGUAUUUUUUAUGUUUUCCUCUACAAAGCAAGAAAAACAUUAAAGGAGACCUUCCAAACAACUUCUGUUGCUUCGUUAUAAUUCUGCCAAUCUAAUCUCUCUUUGAAAUUUACACUCAAUAUAUCACAGCUUUUACAACAAUAAACUUAAAUCUUGAGCAUAUUUAGAAUUGGCCACCAAACGGUAAGAAAAUAAUGGCAGAGACUUACAAAAAGGAGAGCAGAUUCCGACCUAUUUCUGAGUCAUGUGCUUCGAUAUGUACAAAUCCAGGUCAUUUUGAAAUAAUCCUAUUUUUGUAUGACUGAUGCCUUAAAUUAAGGGAUGGAAAGAUGGACUUUAUGCGUCUUGUCUUCAUUUAUAAAUCUGUCCCAUAUUCUCAUCAGCAAAUUCAGAAUUAUUUAUUUCAUUAUAUUUAAUAGUCUAAGGCAUUAUGAUAGGCAAUUGGGUCUGUGUACUUAGCUAAGAAAAUUUGGAGAUGUUUAACUGGCAACUAUGGUUAAUUUAGUAAAAAAAAAAUGUAACUUAACAAUGAGAUCUUCAGGUGCCCCUGUAAAAAAAAAAAUCACCUGUUCCCAAAAUGUCUUUCAUUUUUAUGUAAAUUUUAUGAAGCAGUUGCUGUCCUUUCCCUCCGACAUUAAAGUUGAUUUCAACAAUUAUUCAAACUCA